AGUUGGCUCCUGAAGAGACCCCGCAGACCCGUUUGACCGGCCUCUUGUGAAGCGAAGACCAUGCCGCCGGCCGGGAUGGGUGCCACUGGCCGCUAUGAGGAGUACAGCCAGUCGCCUUGAUGCAGUUCUUGGGUGCCCAGAAAGGGGUGGAAUGGGCCAUGCAACUUGUGUUGCUUCAUGUUGAGCACCUCCGUGGCAGCCUGCAAAACCUCACUUGAAGCGUCCUUGGGAGCUCCCUGAGGGAACUUCUCAGAGCCUUCAGGUGUGGAAGAUAGGUUUUGGAAGGGAUUCGAUUCAUAUUCUGAAACUGAUUUUCAAUGACAUCCACACUUGGGCAACGAAACAUUUGGCAUCACUUUGAGGAAAGAGAUCCAGUUCAUUGAGAGCGAGUUGAAGGACUGGUUUCUCCAGCGCCGCUUUGCCAUGGAGCGGAACAUGUCGAUGAAGAAGGCCUUGGAUGAGAACAACUUUACUGGACUGUCCAUGGCCAAUCCCAGCAUCCCUGAUGCGCAGAAGGUGAUGUGGUCAGACCUGGUCCAGGGCAAGCCAGAGCUGGAGGAUUCACUGAGCUCCAACGCCAAGCAGAUGAAAGUGGACAUGUACACCAAGAUGUUCAAGGAUUCCACCGAUUUGGAUCACCCUUGCCGAGUGGCUGGAAGCACCUACAUGAGGUGCUUGCAGGAGAACUUCAAGGAGAAGUCCUCGACCCGGAUGAUGAAGUGUCUGCCGUCCUUCGAGACCUUCGACGCCUGCCGCAAGGGCAUCAUGCAGCAGCAGGCCUCAGCCCUGGAGAACGCCCUGAUCAAGCAGGACAUCGCCGAUCGCCGGGCGAAAGCGCUGUUCGACCGCCGAAGCAUCUUGCUGGACACGCAGAGCUAGUGGACCAUCGCUGACCUGUGAGCCCCGGAAUCGGCAUCGGUGAGAGACAAGUCAGGAUGACAUGCACUCAUGAC